UGAUCGCCGGCAUGAAUCCCAUAAAAUUACGAUUUUAUACAGAGAGAUACGAAAAAGAGAAGAAAUACCAUCAGAUACAAGAAAAGUUUGUGGCCAUCGCGCGAACGAAGGCUCUGACGGGCAAGUUCUACGCGAAACACGACGUGAUCCCGGCGUCCGAGGUUCGACGAGAGUACGUCGAUCUAAUUACGAAGCGGUUCGUCUCGACCCCUAAGGAUGUUUACUCGUUCCGACCGCCAACCGUCAACAUGGAAUAUGGCUGGUUUUCGGAACCACUGAUACCUAGAACUGUGGAUCCGAGGCUACAGUUUCCAAGAAGAGAAACGGAUUUUAUCGCCAACGAACUUCGGAUUCGUCACGUUCAGAGAGGUCUACCGGUGGACAAGUUUAUCGGGAUACCGUUCAUAGCUUAACAAUCGCGAGUGG